CCUGUUUUAAAUAUCAGUAUUUUCAACGCGCGUUAUUCCACACUUUUCGAUAAACAUAUGUGCCACCCCCAACAAGAAAUUUUGCCAAAAUAGAAACUGCAAAACAAAAACCGCUGCGAAAUCGGUAAAAAACUGGGAUGUUAUAGCCGUCAUAACUGAUAUGUCCAAGCGCAACAACAUAACCUACGUAAAGCCGCAGGAACCGAGUUUUUUGGCCAAGUUGAAGGCGGAAAUUGGCUACAAAGAAGGACCCAGCGUAGAGACCAAGCGCCAACGUUUGGAGUCGGACCCAGAGGAUUACGAUUCUGGGGAGGAUUCGCGGCCGGAAAGGGAGGACGAACAGCCGCAGGUGGUGGUCCUUCGACCAGGAGAUCUUUCCGCUGAGGAAGCCAAAACGGAGAAACAGUUGGCCGCCAAAGAACUAGCCGAAAAACGUGCGGAUCUGACCCAGCCCAUAGUCUUCAAACAGCGUGUUAAGCAGCCCAACAUCGAGGAAGAUAAGUCCCAAACCGAAAACAGCAAGAAGACGGAGAAAUCUGGAAAGAAAUCUGAGAAGUCUAAAAGCAAGAAGUCCAAGGUCGCCAGCAGUAAGCUGUCCUUCAACGAGGACGAAGAGGACGAUACGGCCGAGGAUUGA